ACGUGACUAGAAACGGGACAACUCUUCGACCCGCGAUCAUCAAUACGAAAUGUAAACAGUUGAAACAUGUUGUUGACACCUUUAGAAUAUAAUAAUAAACACAACAUCAUGUAAGAUCUGAUGAAGAAUUAAAAUCUUUUUACCAUGGCAACAGUGCAGAAGAAGCCUAGGAAGUUGCCAAAGCUUCCUGGGAAGGAGACAGAGGAUGACCAGCGGGAUCAGGGACGGGGCAGAGGCCGUGGGCGGGGAGCUGCAGGUGGCGGAGCCGAUGUCAUUCCUCCCGGGAAGAAACGAGAACUACCUCCAUUGAAAAAGGGGCGGGGCCGAGACAGGGAUACCAGAAGCAUGAUGGACAUGGGGCGACAGUCACCACCAGAGGUGACACAGAGAACAUCAUUGACUGCAACCAAUAAUGCAAAGACUUGUUUUUUCUAUAUAGAUAAUGAUUAUACAUUCCCUCCUUUAAAAAUGGUGAUUCAUCCCAAGAAACAUAAAAGACUUGAGACAGUUUCAAGGGAUUUGUCUGUUAGAAUGAAGAAUCUUCCGUUUGGUGUUCGUAGUAUAUACACGCCCCGUGGCCAACAUAGAGUUCACAAUCUAGAAGAUCUAACACAAGAUGGUCAGUAUGUCUGUUCAUCAAACCGUAAAUUCGCCAGGGGAAUGGAUGUUGCGCGUGUUGUGUCAAAGCAAGUAUGGCACCACCAGAGACCGGACAGUGGACGCAAGAAUUUAAACAAUCUACUGAAGGACUUUGAGAUAAGAAGUGCUAAACACAGGGCUGGAUUCAGGCCGGGGUAUGACUUGUCUAACGUGUACUCCAGGUUACCCCCCAAGAAGACGACAGUGAUGAAGAAUGGAGAACCUGAUGUGAAACACACCUUGCUAUUAAACAGAAGAACUGCUCAAACAUUUGAACAAGUCCUUACAACUCUCAGUGACUUGUUCCAGUUUGCAGUGAUGAAAUUGUUCACGAUCGACGGAACAGUCGUUGAUGGUCUACAAAAGAUGCUGCAAGGUCCGGAGGUUCUGGUUGCAGUGGGGAAGGAGCCGUUUAUUAACCUGAACAUGGACUACCACCAGCAACGUCGCAACCGCUCACGCAUGUCCACAAAUAUGGGCAGUCGGGUAUCCAUACAUACUCGCAUGCAGAACCGACGAUCACGCCUCUCCAAUACCAAGGGUCGGUGGGUGGUGACAACCCGAACAAACGCCCUGCCAUCUGCAGGCACUCAGGCCCAGGUAACAAUCAAUGUGUAUGGAAACAAAGGCAAUUCAGGGGCUGUUACUCUGGGUAAUGGAGAUGGCUCUCAGUUUGGGCCUGGAGCUGUGGACCACUUUGAGAUCUUAGUGGGAAAUGUUGGUGAGAUCUACAAGAUCCGGCUGGCACAUGACAACUCAGGGGAUUUCCCAGGCUGGCUAUGUGACGAGGUGGCAAUGCGCGACCAAGAUACUGGAGAGGAGCUCUUAUUCAGCUGCCGACGUUGGCUUGCGCGUGACGAAGAUGACCAGGAGAUCACACGUGAACUGGCGGUUAAACGGCAGGGAGAACCCAUCCUGCCUUUGAUCAAGUACCAGGUGGAUGUGAUAACGGGUGAUAUGUGGGGUGGAGGAACUGACGCCAACAUCUAUAUCACCAUCUACGGAGACCGUGGGGACACUGGAGUCAGACAGCUAUAUGCAGAAACAAAGGGUGUUUACUUCAAACAAGGACAGCUGGAUUCGUUUGAAGUUGAGGCUGUGUCUCUGGGCCAUUUGAAACGAAUUAUUAUCGGACAUGACGGGACAGGCCCAGGCAAUGGCUGGUUUCUAGACAAAGUCAUCAUACGUGAACCACCCUUCCGGACCAACCAGGAAAAUGUCUUCCACUGUGGAAAAUGGCUUGAUGAGGGCGAAGAUGACGGGAAGAUUGUACGGGAACUCCGUGCACAGGAUGAAUACAUGGACGAUAUCCUCGAAAAGAGACAUUGGGAGUUUGAGAAGUGGAAAUAUGAUAAGGACUGUCAGGUGGUCCUGUUCUCUGUGAUGACGGGCAAGGCCCUCCGACUCAACAGGGACCUCUCCGUAGACGGCAUCGGAGAUGAGAGGGACAAAUAUGCCAUAUUUGAUGUGCAUCCAAAGAAACCAAUGAAGCCAAUGUUUUCAAGUGCGGCUACAGCCAAUCAUUACUUGGCUAUCGAUAGUGGGAGAAUAACUGGUCUGGGUAAAGGGGGGCCCUACUGUGAGUUUCGUGUACGAGUUCAGCAGGAUCGCACCACACUGUUUGAGUCUGUAAAGAACUCACUGCAGUUCCUCACAAUCGGUGCUGACGGGACUCCGGGAGAGGUGCGGGGAAUUCUUGAUAAGGAGCCGUCACGCAGGUUCCAUGUCUACGCAAAGGGUGCUUUCCGGCACAAGGGCGUCAUCAUGUUUUGCACGUCCAUGCAUCAGGCCGUGAAUGUGGUACAGCAGGACAUGACACUUACAGGGAAGGGCAAACGGGGCGGCCCCCAGGCUCAGUUUCGGGUCCACAAGGUCAACACAGGCGGGAUACGCAUGUUUGAGAGUGUCGCCCACCCAGGGAAGUUCGUUAGGCUCAAGGAUAAUAAGAUCGACUGCAAUGUUUUGGAGUUUGAGGGUGGGAAAUCCGAGGAUGCCCAUUUUCUAGUGUUACGUCACAAGGACAAGGGGUACAUAACCCUUCAGUCAGCGGGCCAGCGGGGCCUCUUCCUGGGCAUGACCCCUGAGGGACGUGUACACACCACCCUUGACACUGGUGUCAGAAACAUCUGGCUAUACCCGGAAGUCGUGGAAUGGGGCAUAAAGAAAGUCCAGAGUACCAAGGAGGUGGAGGAGCAGGCCCUGAUGAGUGUAAGGAAGCCAUUAAGCCCGGAGCCUGAGCCCGAACCUAGCCCUGAACCUGAACCAGCCCCAGCCAUCAAACAGUAUGCUGACGGAGAUUGGAGUAUCCAUGUGAGCUCAUUGUCAGAACUGGUGGAUGGAGACGUGGCCCUGGUUGCCUAUGGCGACAAGGGGAACAGUGGACCAAUUGUGUUGGGCGCUCCUCCAGGCAGGAAGAUCUUCCAGGAGGGAAAUGAGGAUGAGUUCAGGGAGAGUUUGUAUGCAAAGGCAAAUCUACUGAAGAUAGGUAAGAUGUUCAAGAUUCGCCUGGAGCUGAUAGCGAAGAUCUCCACGCGGAACCCACAGUGGCAGGUGAAGGAGGUGCGCAUGCAGGAUCUUAACACCGAGGAGACCCUCAAGUUUGGUAUUAACCGCUGGCUCUUCAGGGAGGAGGAUGACGGGGAAGUCAUGCGCGAAAUGGCCGUACAAAGGCCUGGAGAGUCAAGCCUGCCGUUGCGCCACUAUGUGGUAACGGUGACCACAGGAAAGGAGAUGGGGGCGGAGACUGAUGCCCCAGUGUACAUUACAGCUCAUGGCGAGUUUGGGGAUUGGGGAAAACGCUACCUUCUACAUUCUAACAACAACAUGAAGUUUCGCACUGGACAGGUGGAUGUGUUCUUCGUGGAGGCGGUGUCACUGGGUGCAUUACAGCGCUGCGUGAUUGGGCAUGAUGGUACAGGCGCUGGUGAGGGCUGGUACCUGGAACAGGUCACAAUCAAGGAGGACGAACACUCACCUGACGAGUUUGUCUUCCCAUGUAACAGGUGGCUGGACACCGGUAUGGAGGACAGGCAUAUCGAACGUGCCCUCAUGGUCAAGGAUAAAACAGAAGCAGAGCCUGAAAAAGAGCCUGAGGGUGACUACCAGUUGGAGAUAAUCACGGGGCCUGAGUCUGAUGUUGACAGCACUGGAAAAGUCCAUGUCAUGUUGUAUGGGGAGAAUGGAAAGUCAGAUCAGAUUGACCUGCAUGCUCUCAUCCCCACCCAGAAAGUGUUUGAGCCCGGAAAUAUUGAUAAGUUUACUGUUCCUCAAGGUAGUUUUGGAGAGGUGUACAAGAUCCGAAUAGGUCGAGAUGACAGUGAGAAAUGGAGUCGCUGGUUCCUCAACGAGGUGCGUAUGUCUGAGCCUGGGAGUGAGACGCCCCUGGUGUUCAGUUUCAACCGCUGGCUAGCUCGUGACAUGGAUGACGGAGACAUGUGUCGGGAACUUCCUGCCAUUAGAGUUGGGAAACCAAUACCACAGUUAUUGAAGUAUGAGGUGCAGGUAGUCGUGGGUGACCACUGGGCCGCGAGUACAGACGCCAACAUGUACAUCACACUCCAUGGUUCCCAUGGUGACAGUGGGAAACGCCUCCUCCACAAGAGCGUUAGUAACAGAGUCAAGUUCCAGAGAGGGCAGUUGGACACAUUUGUGUUUGAAGUUGUGGAUCUUGAGACUCUAGAGCAACUAUCGUUGUGUCAUGAUGGUCGAGGACACGGGGCUGGCGUGUUUGUGGAGAAGGUUGUUGUCACAGAAAGGAGCGAGGAAAAGUCACACAUGCGGCACGUGUUCCCGUGCGGCCGCUGGCUGGACACACACGAGGAUGACUGCCAAACGGAGAGGAUGCUGAGAAUGAUUGAUGUCAUUGACACAAAAAAACAACCAUCAACAAAGGAAAAGAAAAAAUCCAGUGGCUCAUGGACAGUGACUGUGAAGACAAGCGAGGGUGAAAGGACAGCCACCACGGGGAAGGUUCUAAUCACUGUUUAUGGCACCAGCGGCCACACUGAAGCCCUCCUCCUCUCAUCUCCAGACCCUGGGACUCUGGCAUUCACUUCCGGGGCCGAGUCUGAAUUCCAUAUCAGUACUGGGCAGGUUGGCCGAGUAACCAAGAUCCGACUAGAACAUGACAACUCUGGCUCUCAACCUGACUGGAGGCUUGAUUAUGUGCGAAUGUAUGAUGAGGAUAGCAGUGAGGAGCUAAUGUUUUACGCCGACCGCUGGCUUGCCCUUGACAAAGAUGAUGGUUCAAUCUGUAGAGAACUACCAGCAGUACGCAAAGGCACCCCUAGCCUUCCAGUGUUACGCUAUGUGGUUGCUGUGACAACAGGAAGUUACAAGGAUGCUGGGGUGGACAAUGCAAAUGUAAGACUCAAUCUGAUUGGUGUAGAUGGAGAUAUUGGCUUGAGGGACCUCACUGGAGCCAUUUCUAAAAAUAGAUUCCCUUGGCAGCCUGGACAAACUGACAUAUUCAUUGUGGAAGCCGUUUCAGUUGGGAAAAUAAAAAAAAUUGAAGUAACCUUCGGCAGUCCUGAUCAAGGUCGUUGGCACAUACAGCAGGUGUCAGUGUCAGAGGGGGUGAGGUCGCCUACACAGCACAUGUUCUACUGCCAUCAGUGGCUUCUACCUAGUGAUACUCAUGUCACAGAGUUUCUCCUCUCAGAGGUGUGUCCCUCCACCAAUCUUGUGGAAGCAGUAGAGUCGAUUUCUCGGGGUCUGGAGCGCCCUGUGCACACAAAGGGCCGCUGGCUGGUUCUUGCCUCCACUGGUACCCAGCCUGAUGCUGGCACCCAGGGUCAGGUAACACUAGUGCUAUGUGGGCUCAUGGGCGAGUCACAGCCAGUCUGCAUCAACAGCAAAGAGGAGCUGAAACCUGGCUCCAUUGUUAAGGCUGAGGUGAAAGCUGCAGACAUCGGGUUGAUAUUCAAAGUGAGGCUCUCUUUCCAAGAUAGACAGCUGGGUUCUUCAUGGUACUUUGCCAAGAUGAAGUUGAAGGACCAGGAUACUGGCGAGGAGUUUAUAGUUGAGCACAAUGAUUUGAUAGAAUCGACCAAUGAGAACACAGAGGGUGUGGCUGAAAUCGCCCUACCAAGACCAGACAUUGCGCCAUUAAAAGAUCAGAUCUACAUAGUCUCAGUGAAAACUGGCAAUGUGCCCAGGGCUGAGACCGAGGCUGAUGUAUUCUGCAAUCUGAUUGGUCAGUGGGGAACUUCAGGUCAAAGGUUAUUGGCUGUGUCAAGCAAUCAGGACAAGUUUAGGGGUGGACAGGUGGAUGAGUUCACCAUUUCCUGUGUUGACCUUGGGAGUGUUGAGAAGGUCGUCAUUGGUCACAACAAGGUCGGCAGAGGUCAAGGCUGGUUCUGUGAAGAGGUCAUAGUCAAAGUUGCAGAGCUGGAUGAAACCAUUUUCCCUUGUCACAGGUGGUUAGAUACAGGCUGUGGUGACCGGAAGACAAUGACAGAGUUGUCCCCCCUGGCGUGUAUCCCAUUCUCUAUGUCGCUGCCAACUAGAUAUACACAAUCAGAUGGGGAAUGGAACAUUCACGUGACGACAGCGAGUGCAGGGCACCUGCCAAAGCUGCAGGGUGGGGAGAAGGCAGGCGAGGUGUCGGUGGUUGUGUACGGUACAGAUGGAGUCCGAGGUCCCCUGGAGCUCACUCACCCUGACACUGACAGCCCCGUUGUCCUCCUUGCACCCGGCAAGACAGACAUCUAUCAUAACAUCGAGCUGACGGGCGUUGGUGAGAUAGAGAAGAUUCGUGUAUCGUCCGGCUAUGAGGGGGACACAGAGGCUCUCUGGAUCAUUGACAAGGUGGUGCUUGAGGAUGUGAGUUCUGGGGAGCAGCUGGUGUUUGACUUCAGCCAGUGGGUGGGACAAGUGGGUGGCGACAUUCGCAAGGAGGUACCCCUAGUCACACGCGACAAACCAACACAUAGAGUGAUCCCAUACUUUGUGGAGGUACACACAAGUGAAGAGGAAAUGAACGCCUCCACAAAUGCCAACGUGUUCAUCACUCUGUAUGGCUCCCAUGCAGACUCUGGCAGACGACAUCUUAUACACUCUAAGAGCAAACAGAAACGCUUCCAGUCUGGGCAGAAUGACAUGUCUGAGGUUGACCAGUUUGAGAUUGAGGCUGUUGACCUUGGUGACCUUGAGAAGAUUGUGGUUGCUAAGGGUCCUGGGAAACCAUGGUUACUGGAGAAGAUCGUAGUAAAAAAAGGCGAGUUUGAGGCUGAGGAGCAGAUCUUCAUGUUCGGAGGGUGGAUAGGGGACAAGGAAAGCCAGGGUUCAGAGGUGGAGGAGACCCUGAAGUUGACGGCCACUAUCCCCAGCCAUGUGGCCAUACCCAUAAAGGACGCCCCACAUCUUGAACCCACAGCAGGCCGAUGGAGUAUCGAGGUGGUUACAGGGGGCAGACGAGGCCCAGACGGUGCGCUGGACCCGGUGGUUGUGUUUUGUGGCCAGGACGGGGAGACCCCCCACCUCCAUCUCACUCCCACCAGCACAGACACAUUCCAGAUAGGCCUCACUGAUACAUUCAAGGUCAAGUACACAGAGAAAGUCGGUGAGCUCCGUAAAGUGAGGUUUGGUUUUGCUGACCAGUCUGUGAACAAGGCCUGGUAUAUAAGGAAGGUGAAGUUUGAGGACGAGGACAGUGGAGACGUGUUCUGGGCGGAGGUGAAUGACUGGGUUGCCAUUGACAACAAGUUAGACGGCUGCCGGGAGGUAGCAGUUCCCUGGCCAGCAGUCAUUGUACAGCAAGUUAUGGAGUACAAACUGUCAGUUCAUCUUGGUCAAGUGAACCCUGACUCCUGGGAAAAUGAGGUGUAUGUGUGUCUGAUUGGCGACCAGGGUUCCACCGGCCGCCGUCUGCUCAAGCACUCAGAGACAAACACAGAGAAAUUCCGUGACCGACAAGUGGAUGUGUUCCUUUUAGAAGCUGUCAAUAUCGGUGACCUCGUCAAACUUCUCAUUGGACAUAACAAUAUGGAGAAGGGUGGUGGUUGGUUCCUGGAGCGAGUCGUGGUUCAUGAGUCGGUGGAGGACACAGAGCAAGUCCUCUUCAUGUGCAAUAAAUGGCUUGAUGCUGGUGAAGAUGAUGGACAAGUAGAACGAACAUUGUUCCCCUCUGACGAGCCAGUAACCAAUGGCAACCAGAACAACAAUACCACGCCCCUCCCUGAGGUCACAGUCCCCCUUGUUUCUGCAAAAAUAGAAAGGGAACCAACGUCACAACAGCCGCCCUCUCCCCAGCGGGAACCAACCCCAGAAAGGGAACCAACUCCAGCAAGGGAGGAAACUCCAACACCUCUGGAACCAACUCAAGAGGUGCGUGAACCUAGCCCAGCCAAGGUGGAGUCUCCAGUCCCCUCCCCAGAGGCGCCCGCUGUGGAGGAGGAACAACCAACAUCACAGCCACAUGGGAUAAAGUACAACAUUACCAUGACAACUGGGGGAGAGGUGGGGUUGGAUGAUGGACAGCUCAUCACCAUGGUGAUGUAUGGUGACAGAGGUCACUCAAGCCCCAAGGUCAUGGGCAAUGACCAGGAACAUAACUUCAAACCUGGCUCCACAGAUACAUUUGAUGUGUAUGUGGAGGAAGAUAUUGGGGACAUGUACAAGGUGAGGCUUGGGUUCCACGAGGAGGAGACACACCCAAACUGGUACACAGACAUCAAGAAUUCUCCCACAUGGUUUCUUGAGAAGUUGACAGUUCGUAAUGAGGUAGACAUGGAGGUGUACAACUUUGAUGCUGGUAUCAGUCUGAAGGUUACACAACACCAAGACUUCUGGAGGGAACUACCUGUCAAAAAUACCAAGGAACUUGACGUGUACCAGUAUGAGGUAUCUGUUUACACGUCCGAGCAAUCAAAGCCCAAUAUCGAGGCCAACAUGUACCUGCAGAUAUUUGGGGAGUGUGGGGACACAGGCUUCAGAAAGUUCAUGGCCUCCAAAACACACACUAACAAGUUCGAGCCUGGCAAUCGUGACGUGUUUGAAGUGGGAGCAGUUGACCUCGGCAAGUUGACCCAGCUGAAGCUCCGUCAUGAUGGCUCAGGGCCAGGGUCAGGAUGGCAACUUGACAAAGUUGUUGUCAGGGAAACAGAGGAGACGACCAUAAGAUAUGUCUUCAAGUAUGAUCGAUAUGUGGAUGAAGGUGGUGUGGACAUGGGUGUGGAGCAGACACUUGCCCUUUCUCAGAUCCUGGUUAGUGAUGAGGAGAAAGAUGAUAAGCCAGCAGAACAGCAAGCAGAACAGCAAGUAGAACAGCCAGCAGGCUACCAUUGGAUAGUGGAGACAGUGACAGAAGAUUACUCAACUGCUGAAACCAGUCAACCUGUAGAGAUGGUGGUGUACCAGUCUGAUGGCCAACACCAGACGUUUGUUAUCGGUGAUGCAGAUGAUUUCAAGUUUAAACCCGGUGCUACUGACACUUUUGAUAUACGCUUAAUAGAGGAACUAGGUGACCUUUACAAGGUACGCAUUGGUUACCAUGGUGUUGCUAUGGAUACAGACUGGUACAAGUCACCAGAGCAGGCUCCCACAUGGUGUCUUAAACAGUUAAAACUACAAGAUAAGGAGCACAGUAGAGUGUAUGAGGUGACACAGACCACAUGGCUACAGAUGGACGAACAAACAGACUUCUGGCGGGAACAGCCUUUCCCACUGCCCAAUGGAGCUAUGCCAUCCACAUACCAGUACCAUGUGGAGUUGCACACUAGCACCCAGUCGAGGGCAGGGACCGGGGCCAGGGUGUUCCUCAGUAUCCAUGGCAACCAUGGGGACACUGGCUUCAGAAGGCUGAUGACAGCCCCAUCAACAGGCAGAACAUUUGAACCAGGCAAUUGUGACAUAUUUGAGAUGAGUGCAGUUGACCUUGGUGACCUGUCAAUGGUGAGCCUGAUGCAUGAUGGGGGAGUUGAGAGGUCAGGUUGGUUCUUGGACAAGGUCAUUGUCAGGGAAACAGGGGAGAGCACUACCAAAUAUGUGUUCAGCUGUGACAAAUGGCAGGAUAUAGAAGAGGGAGAGAAGGUAGUUACCAUGGAGAUUCCCCUCACAGAGGUCGUUGAGGACAAGGAGGAAAAGAGCCUUUCAGGUGCCCCGUGGAGUAUAUGGGUUGUUACCGGGGGUGAUGUUGCGGAGGAGCUUGAGUUCCCUGUUGAGCUUGUACUGUAUGGGGACAGUGGGCACAGUCAGCCUGUCAUCAUAGGGGGCAGUGAAGGGGCUACAUUCAACAAGGGACAGGUGGACGCUUUUGAGGUUAGGGUUGAGGGGGAGGUAGGAGCACUGUACAAGGUGCGUGUAGGUUUCCAUGGUGACGGGCACUCCACACCCUGGUACUCCAACUACCACCUUGCCCCCAGCUGGUUAAUAGAGAAUCUAAAGCUGAAAGAUGAAACUGCAGGGGUUGAGUAUGAGGUUGAAGGGAGCGUGUCUGUACAGACGGAGAAACACACAGACUUCUGGCGCGAACUCCCCGUCAUCAACACAGGAAAACACUUCUCAGUUUACAAGUAUGAGGUAUGUGUCCACACACAAGAUGGAAGUGCUGCUUCGGAGGAUUCCAUUGUCAGUGUACAGCUGUAUGGGGAGAGGGGAGAUUCCGGACCCCGCAGGCUUAUGGCCUCAAAAACACAUGAACACAGGUUCCAGACUAGCCAGGCUGACAUGUUUGAGAUCCCAGCAGUUGACCUUGGAAAGCUGACCAAGGUGAAAGUCAACCAGGUGGGGUCAAGGUCUGGCUGGCUGAUAGAGAAGGUCACAGUGAAAGAAAGUACAGAGUCAUUGUCAUUGUUUGUGUUUGCCUGUGGGCAUGGGCUAGAAGGGGUGGGGGGCCAGGGUUCAGAGGUAAUCCUACCCCUCACAGAGGUUGUGGAAAUUCAGCCUGAGCAAGAGAAAGAAGUGGUGGAGCCUAAAACGUACCAAGUUGUUGACUGGUUGGUGCGGGUAGUGACGAGUGAGGAGAUGGACAGUGGGACAGACUCCAACGUAACCCUGACUGUGUACGGAGACGCCGACAACACUGGGCCCAUAUCCCUGGGCUCCCCCAGCACUGGCUCCUUCAACACAGGCAAAACUGAUGAGUUUGACGUAAUUUUGGAUCCCGAGGCAAUAGGACAAAUACGCAAAAUACGGCUUGAGCAUGACAACUCUGGUAAACCCUGGCAGGUGGAAAAGGUUGUGUUAGUGAGGCGUAUAGAUGACACCCAUCUGGUGUUCACCAUCAACAAGUGGCUUACCCUUGAACGCCCAGGCUUCGACAUUGCAGUAGAGGUGGCCGUGUCUGGCUCUGAUUGGCCUGUGCGUGAAUAUGUGGUACAGACACAGACAGGUGAUGGGUUUGGGUCAGGGACGGAGGCUUCGGUAUAUGUGAACAUUGUCGGCACCCUGGGUGAUACAGGGAAACGAUUCCUCGUACAUCACCUGGAGGAGGAGGAGGAAAAGAAGUUCCAGUCUGGGGCUAUGGACACGUUCCUGGUGCGUGCGGUUGACAUCGGUAGACUGGUUCAGGUUGUGAUAGGGCAUGAUGGGAAGGGUCCGGGAUCAGGCUGGUUCCUCAAGAAUGUCAACGUCAGGGAGGCCUUGGAUGCUCAGGAUAAAUAUAUCUUUACCUGUGAAAAAUGGCUUCAUGAUGAAAAAGAUGACUGUCAGACUGAAAGGAUUCUCACCCUAGAUUAUAUUAACAAAGGCUCUAAAUCAGAGAAAGGUUCACCAGAACCUGCAGGUCUUGUGGAAGUUAUGGAUGAAAGUCCUGAUGGCAGGAAUAGAACAAUAAAUGGAGAAAACGAUACAGGGAAGACUGAUGAUGGUGGAGACUUAGAGAGUGGUGAUGGAGUGGACAAUAGGAUAUCAGAUGUUGCCAAAGAUUCUGUGCCAAAUAUUGAAAGUGAGGAAGAUGAAAAGACAGACGAUAUUGAAAACAGCCAUGAUAAAGAAAGAAAAGUGAGUGCAAGAAGUCCAGGAAUGUCCACUGAACAGCAAAAGGAUGAUAAUGAUGUGAAUGAAGAGAAAAAAGAACGGUCUGACUUACAGCAACAAAAAGUUGAUGAUAAAGAGGAUUUAUCAAAAGAAGAGGAGGAAACAAUGAAAGAUGGGGGAGAGAAGGAUUUAAAUGAUGAGACAAUUAAUGGUGAACAAAGUGUCAACAAGCCUGAAGGGGAAUAUAACACAGAACCUGUAAACGAAUUAAAGGAAGAAGCUGGAGAUAUUGGAGCCAGAGCCAAGACUGUUUCUAGGGAAGGUCUGGAAUCUAGGACAGUUUCUAGGGAAGGGGCUAAAUCUAGUACAGUUUCUAGGGAAGGUCCCAAAUCUAGGACAGUUUCUAGGGAAGGCCCUAAAUCUAGGACAGUUUCUAGGGAAGGCCCUAAAUCUAGGACAGUUUCUAGGGAAGGCCCUAAAUCAAGGGCUGUUUCUAGGGAAGGUCUCAAAUCUAGGACAAAUUCUCGGGAAGGCCAAAAUUCAAAUGCUGUUUCCAGGGAAGGCCCAAGGUCAAGGGCUGUAUCUAGGGAAGGCAGUGAGACUUACAGGGUGGCAAAGUAGAUGAUGUGUUUGCUUCUUUUUCAAGAGCAGUUCAGAUUCCUCAGAGCAUUCACCUUUUUAUAUGUUUUUAGUAUAAAUGCCUUCAUAUCUUUGUAAUGCAAUUUCAUUCAUAAAAAGAAAUGAAAAUGAUAUAUUUUUACAUUGCUCAGUUCUCAAGUAAUGAGAAAGAAACUCUUUAAAUAAAAGUCUUUGCUGAGAACACUGUACAUAUUACUAAUGGCUCUUCAAACGUCUGUGAUAUAUAUACAUUCUGUUUCAUUUUGUAACAUGUGUCACAAUUGACCUUGAUACAUGUAUAUUUACAUUAGUUAUUAAGAUGUUUUGUAUCAUUUAAAGGACUUGCCAGAUUUUUCUGUAUGUUUUACCAUUAAACCACAGUUUUGUGUAUAUCUUUUUACAAGACCAAAGAUGUUUUUAUGAAGACAAAUGUUUAUGUAUUCCGUCCUUUUAUUCAUGUGUCGUUGAAAUUUGAAUCUUAUUUGUUUUUUAUGCAUGUCUGUGAUAAUUUAUUUACCCCAUCUAUGACUUACUCGGGACUAUUGAUUGAAGAAACAAAUGGUAUAUUUUUGUAUGUUGAUGUUAUUAUUUGAUGAUUAUCAUGUUCUUUAUUUAUCUAUGAAUUUAUUUAUUUGGCAUUGAUAUUUUCAAGUAUUGUGCUAUGCUUACUAUGCCUUGUGCGUGAUUUAAUUGAAUGAGAUAAUAAUAAUUGAAUGUGCUUAAAAAAUACUUGCCAUCUUGGAUGAGUUGAUUUGCUACUCAUCGGCAUAAUUUUACACUUCAUAACAUUUAGCACUUGAGCUAUUUCUGUCGUUGCAUUUUCAUUAAAUUUACGCUUGUUCACUCUAUCUCGGACCUUUAAACCAUUUAUAGGUCUGCGACUCUAUAUACAUCUAUCUGUUUAUAGUCUUUAGGAUAUAGAUUCUCUUCAAAAAGCUCCUUUAGUUUUGUUUAUGCAAUUUAAAGUUCACUUAGAUUAUUUUUUAUAAUAUAUAUAACAUGAGUGUUCUCAAUAAGAAUCCGCUGCAGGCCAAAAUCGAUGUUUCAAAUCGCGAUUUAGUAGGUUCAAAUUUGGGAAAAGAAGUUUAAAUAGAAUAAGCAAUAGCUGUUCGGUUACUUAAUAAUUUGAGACGGGUCAACCAACACUUAUUGAGAACCCUGUAACAUACACAGGGCAAGAAAUUAUCAAAUUUUCCCAAGACUUGAUUAACGAGAAUGUAGAAGUUUAUAUAUUUCAGCACUAGCACUCAACGGUGUGUGUAGUGUAUGCUUAAAGAACUCUUUCAAUAACUUGGCAUAUCAGUGAUUUUUUGGUGCAAUCUUUUUUACUUCUAAAGGCUGUUUCCCCUUGCGAAAAACUGUCCAUUUUUUCCAAAAUUUUAUAAUUUUUUCCCAAUUUAAUAAAUGUCCAUUGCAUUAAUAAAUAAAAAAAGCAAUGAAAUUCUUGAAAAAUAAACAAAAUCUUCACAAUACUUACUCUUUCACAGCAUUAUGUACAUGCAUAAAAAAGUUAAAACAUGUAUAUUUGCCAUUAUAUUAGCUAUUUUGGCCUGAUUUUUUAUUUUUCCCAAAGGCGACAUUUUUUCCCAAUUUGCAAGGCACAGGUGGUAAAAAUAAUUCCAAAAACAAAAUCACUGCACAUAAUGUUCAUUGGUUUCAAGGGACUCGUUCCUGUUUUAUAGGGUCAGACAUCAGAAACAAUAAAAUUGUUUGACAUGUGAAUAAAAUAUGUGUAACAACCAAAAUCAUCAUGACAAGCUAAAACAAGAGCUCUAUUAUUAACAUACCGGUACAUUGAAAAAUGCGUGAUCGAUUGCUCUGUAUUGCCCAAUAGCAUUGGUAAGGCUAUUAAAAAAUUACGAUUUUAGGCUAAAAACUACAAAAAUCCGUCUUAAUGCAGCCAGGGACUGUUUGGUGUUUGUCGAGAAAUGUCAGGCAAACCAAUUUAAACAAAGUUCAAAAAAUGAAUACAUGUAUUGCCAUCAUAAAAUAUGUGAACAAAUCCCUUGAAAUAGUGAUAAGUUGCACAUUUUCAAACAAGUAUAACAUUUAACCAGCAUUAAAUGUCAUGUUCAUUGGAAACAAUAGCAGCUGAACAGCAUUAUUAACUGUUUGAACAAUGGCUUCUGAACAACAUUAUAAACUGUCUGAACAAUGGCUUCUGAACAGCACUAUAAACUGUUUGAACAAUGGCUUCUGAACAGCACUAUAAACUGUUUGAACAAUGGCUUCUGAACAGCACUAUAAACUGUUUGAACAAUGGCUUCUGAACAGCACUAUAAACUGUUUGAACAAUGGCUUCUGAACAGCACUAUAAACUGUUUAAACCUGAUAUGACCAAAGAGUUGCAGGACUCUAGCUAUGGUUUUAUGUAUGAAAGCUACAUUUGUCCUGCAUAAAUGUUGCAUAUUUAUUGUUUAUUGUGAUAUUUUUAUUGUGCCAAUGUUAUUUAACAUGGAAUUAAUUGGUGAUGUGUUUUUUUUUCUACAUUUUUAUUUUUGUACUCCUGCCAUCGAUCCAGUUUUAGAUAUUACAUUGCGCUAGCCUUUCUGUACGGAAAAAUAGUGAAGCUCAUUACGCCUUAAACAGCAGUGGCUCAUUACCAGUGUAGUAAUGUUUUGACAAGUUAAAUUCAUGUCAUUAAUUGAAAUAAACAUGGAAAGUAUUGUUGAUAAGAUACAUUUCACAUAUGGUGUAAUCAUUGUCAUCAAGAAAUAAAGGUAUACAAUGCA